AUGACUUACGUAUGAAGUUCUGUUUAUUUGAUCUACUGUUACUAAGUUUGAUUCUUUCGUAGGUUAUUUUAAUGGAUGAGGAGAAUUGUUGUAUGAAAAAAGAAGCUCCUAGCAGCUUCCAAUCCAAGAAUGUUGGAUCUAGUUCUUCAUUUAUGAUCGAAGGUGAAAGUCUGGAUUCUCCAGAAAAACAUGGAGAUCUUGGUGACAUGACUUUUUAUAUGGCAAAUUAUAUUAAAGAUGCUAUGAAGAUGAUGUUCAUUAUGCGUAGUCAUCAUAUGCUUACCGAUGUUAUUCUAGAAGUAGAAUCAGAGUUGUUCUAUGCACAUAAAGUCAUCUUAGCUGCCGCUAGUCCAUAUUUUAAGGCAAUGUUUACAGGAGGCUUGAAAGAAUCUGAAAUGUCUAGGGUAAAACUUCAAGGUGUUAGUCCAACAACAAUGGCACGUUUAAUGUACUUCAUGUAUACUGGUCGCAUAAGAGUGACAGAGAUUACAGUGUGUUCCCUUUUAUCAGCUGCCACCAUGUUUCAGGUUAGUAAUGUUAUAGACGCGUGUUGUGUAUUCUUGGAAAGACAAUUAGAUCCCACAAAUGCUAUUGGAAUUGCUAAUUUUGCUGAACAACAUGGUUGUCAGACUUUGUGUCAGAAAGCAAAUCAAUUUAUUGUUCAACAUUUUAGUCAAAUAUGUCAGGAAGAAGAAUUCCUACAAUUAUCGGCAAUACAAUUGAUAGCACUAGUAAGAAAAGAUGAACUGAAUGUGCAGGAAGAGAGAGAGGUAUACAAUGCAGUGUUAAAAUGGGUUAAGUAUAAUGAAGAAGCCAGAGGACCUAAAAUGGAGCAUAUAUUGCAUGCAGUAAGAUGUCAAUAUCUUACUCCUAAUUUUCUUAGAGAACAGAUGAAGAAUUGUGACGUUUUGAAAAAAGUACCUGCAUGCAGAGAAUAUCUUGCGCAGAUCUUCAAAGAUUUGACACUUCAUAAAAAGCCGGUGGUGAAAGAAAGGACACCAAAUACUCGAAGAGUCAUAUACAUAGCUGGUGGUUUUUUAAAACAUUCUUUAGAUGUACUAGAGGGAUAUAAUGUAGAUGAAAAAACUUGGACUCAACAUGCUAAACUAAUUGUGCCAAGAUCUGGUUUGGGUGGAGCAUUUUUAAAAGGGAUGUUUUAUGCUGUUGGUGGAAGGAAUAAUUCACCAGAUAGCAGAUACGAUAGUGACUGGGUUGAUAGAUAUAAUCCAGUUACAGAUCAAUGGAGAGCUUGUAGUCCAAUGUCUGUUCCAAGGAAUAGAGUAGGCGUAGCUGUUAUGGAUGGAUUAUUGUACGCUGUUGGAGGUAGCGCGGGUGCAGAAUAUCACAAUAGCGUUGAAUGUUACGAUCCAGAUCAUGAUUCUUGGAGUAACGUAAAAUCAAUGCACAUCAAGAGACUGGGAGUUGGAGUGGCUGUAGUUAAUAGAUUACUUUAUGCCAUUGGUGGAUUUGAUGGAACAAACCGGCUGAACUCCGUGGAGUGUUAUCACCCUGAAAAUGAUGAGUGGACAAUGGUUUCAUCUAUGAAAUGUAGUCGAUCAGGAGCAGGAGUAGCCAAUCUUGGACAAUAUAUAUACGUAGUAGGAGGAUAUGACGGAACAAGACAAUUAAACUCUGUUGAAAGAUAUGAUACGGAAAGAGACAUGUGGGAACAUGUUAGUAGUGUCACUAUUGCUCGUAGUGCGCUUAGUGUUACAGUACUAGAUGGAAAAUUGUAUGCGAUGGGAGGAUACGACGGUGAACAUUUUUUAAACAUAGUUGAGAUUUACGAUCCUGCAAAAGAUACAUGGGAACAAGGAGUACCAAUGACUUCGGGAAGAUCGGGCCACGCAAGUGCGGUAUCCUACCACCAAUGUCCUAUUCAUUGCGAUCAUUUGGACCAUAAUAUGUCUCUAGAAAAGCCACCAUCGUGAUAUAUGUAAUUGUUGGGCGUUAACUUAGAUAUUAAUAUAUAAACGAAAUUCUUAAUCUGAGGGAAUGAAUAAAAGAAGCAAAGGAAAAAUAAUGGAAAUAGUUGUUCAAGCAGUGAAUAAGUGACAGACUGAUAAUUAUUUUUGAGUUGUGGUUUAAAUUCAGUUCUGGAGAUUGAACUUCAUUAACAUUCUAUAAUUUUAUUGUGGACGAUAUACGAUUAAUAUACGAUAUGUAUGUGCUUUUAUAAAAUAAUAGGAAUCUUAUUUAUAUAUAUACAAUCUUAUACAUAUAUAUGUAUGUUAUAUAAUAAUAUACAUAUAUAUAUAUAUAU